AUGUCGCAAUUACAACGAGAGGAGCUUUUGGAAGCAGGACGCAAAAAGCUCAAGGACUAUCAGCUUCGCCGCCGUAGCACGAAUACAAGCUUUUCUACAUCACUGUUGACAGAUGCAGCCACGAAACGUCUUUCAGCUUCUUCUCAAAAGUGGCGACAUCGAUCUCUUCAAAUCAACUCAAAGCUAAAUGCAGAUGAUCCAGGGAUCCCAUCACCCACUACCACUGUUGCUUCACCCACAUCCAUGCAUGAAAGUGAUCUCCAAGGAUACCCAUCACCACCGCUUUCUCGACCACCCUCCUCCGCUAUCGAGCCUGUCCAACCAACACCCACCGCAUCAACACCGAUCCCAUCAUCAUCAUCAAGACGUCGACAACCACCAAAACCUUUACAACUACAAGAUCCAUCCAACCAUCAUCAACAACGAACAGCAUCAUCCUCCUCCUCUCGCCAUGAACGUUCCCAAAGUAAUGUGAUUGAUUAUUCGGCACAAUUUCCAAGCACGUGGGCGUAUGCCAAUGCAACCAAAUCACCUAUCAUGCCAGUCUCCAAUAUGGAUGAAGCUUUAACGUGGAUUAUCCAAAACAAUCGGCUGGUGCAAGAGAAUCAGCGGCUUAAACGAGAAUUGGAGAUGGUCAAAAUGGAACGCGCCCAAUUGGCUGACACCAUCCAGGAGAUGAAACAGCAGCAUAGCAGUCAAAGUGAGAAUGAAAGGAUCAAGGAGACCCUGCGGCAGGUACGCAGUCAAGAACGAGCAAGGUGGGCCGAGAUUGUAGAAAAAUUGGAACGAGAAGUGCGUGAUUUAAAGAAAUAA